AGAAAGCAAAACCAGAAUCAGAUUUGCUGGCUUCUCCAAAAAGGCCCCCGGGAGCUCAAAGGCACACUUGGAUAUGACACCUUCCAGAAAUUUCUGGACAACGAGCAAUAUGCCACUCGGAGUAUCCAGCGCUACGAAUGGGUCUUUGGGCCCACAUUUGUCAGCACAGGGGGCUUGAAAAGCACCAAGGAGCUGGUCAGCCUACUGGAUUUGAAACCAGGUCAACGUGUGUUGGACGUCGGCUGUGGACUUGGGGGUAGCGAUUUUUACCUGGCCAAGGAAUUUGGGGUGGAGGUCUUAGGCCUUGAUCUUUCGUCCAAUAUGGUGGAGAUGGCUUUGGAAAGGGCGCAGAAGGAACCCAGUUCCCUGGUCCAGUUUGAAAUCAGUGAUGUGACCCGAAGAAUAUUUCCAGAAGCCUCCUUUGACAUUGUUUACAGCCGAGAUACUAUCCUGCACAUCGAAGACAAAAUUAGUCUCUUUCGGAGGUUCCUG